AUGUCAACAUUUACCUUGAGCACUACUCAAAAGAACAAACCUCUAUUACUUUCUAAAGGGUUUUCUUACAUUAUUGAUAAAAUAACUAUUGAUAAAACUUAUUGGAAAUGUGAACAUGCUCGAAAACUUAAAUGUAAAGGUCGAAUUCAUACUAAUUAUAUUAAUACAAUAUUGUUAUAUGAAAAUGAUAAUCAUAAUCAUAGUGGUAAUGCAGUUUCAGUUGAAAUUAGAAUAUUUGAAGAAAAAGUUCGUGAUCGAGCAAUUAAUAGUAAUGAAACUACCCAAGCUGUUAUAGAUAAUUGUUUGACGAAUUUAUCAGAUUAUGCUGUUGCUCGUCUUCCUGACUUCAAACACAUUAAUUUACGUAUCGAUCAAUUUACGUAUCGAUCAAUUUACAACGAUCAAUUUUCGUUCGAGCAUUUUUCGUUCGAUCAAUUUUCGCUUUCCCCAUUAUGUAGACUCAAAUAA